CCGGGUGGCGGGCUGCCUGCCCACCUCCACAGCGCUGGAGGCGGCCGCAGCGGCGGGCCACAUGUCCGCAUUCGAGUUCCUGAGGCUGCAGGACCUGGGGCCACUGGCCGGCACCGGCGCGCUGGCGGCGGCCGCGGGCGCGGGCCAGCGCUCCCUGGUGGCGCACAUCCUGGACGCCGGCAUCGCGCCCUGGAGCUGGUCGGCUCUGCACGCGGCGGCGCACGGCGGACACGCCGCGCUGCUGGAGUGGCUGAUGGCCAGCUGCCCGGACGUGGGCGGCGCGGGCGGCGGCGCGGUGGGCUCGCUAGGCGUGGCGGGCGUGGUGAUCGGCCGCGGCGAGGCGCCGCCGGGGGCACAGGCGCUGGUGGCAGCUGGCGCAGCUGGUGCUCCUGGUAGCGGCGGUCAGCGGCGCCGCCUGCAGGCAGCAGGCCAGGCGGAUCAGGGGGAAGCGGCGGCGGCAGCUGGGGAGGAGGGGGCUGCUGCAUGUGCCGCGGGCCGUGGCGCCAGCGGCUCGGCAGGCGUGGCAGGAGCGGCAGGCGGAGGCUCGGCGGGCGCAGGGCCGGCAGCGGGCGCCACUGCUGACGUCCAGCAGGGCGGCGGCGCUGGCGCUGAUGCCGCUGCCAGCGGGGCCAUUGGUGCGGGCCUGCGUGCGGCGUUCCGGCGGCGUGUGUCGCUGCUGCUGUUGGAGGCUGUGGCACACGGCUGCGAGAUGUCCGUGAUGGAGCGAAUGCACGCGGCGUGGCUGGAGGGCGCACGGGACGCCGCCGCCGCCGCGGCCGCCGGCGGCGCUGCCGCGCAGCGAUUGCCUCUGCACGCGCACAUCUUCCACCCCCACCUGGCAGCGGGACCGCUCCCUCCGCACCCUCUGCACCCUGCGCAACAACACCCCCAUGCCCACUACCAGCCGCCGCCGCAGCCACCGCCGCUGCCGCGGGCACACGAGCCUCUGCAGCCGCCGCAGCUCAUGCCCGACAGCGCGCCCGCCGGCGCCAUCGUGGCCGCCGCCGCCGCCAGCCCCACCCGCUGCUGGCGCUCCAAGGUGACCUGGCUCCUGGAGCGCGGCUACCCGCGUGUGGCCUACGCCGCGGAGCGCGCCGCCGCCCGGCCCGAUGCCGUGGAACGGCUGACGUGGCUCCGCGCGCAGGGCUUCCCGGCGGAUGCUACAGCCUGCCAGGCGGCGGCGCGGACCGGCAACCUGGCGGCGCUACAGCUGCUGGUGAGGGAGCAGGGCGUGGCGAUGCGGGAGGAGGCCACGGCGCGGGACGCCGCGGCGGGCGGGCACCUGCAGGUGCUGCGUUGGCUGGCGGCGGAGGGCCGCUGCACAGUCAGCAGCCAGACGGCGUGGCACGCCGCGCGCGGUGGGCAUCUGCAAGUGCUGAGGUGGCUGGUGGGGGAGCGGGAUGAGGGGGAGGCGGAGGCCGAGGGGGAGCAGGCAGGGCGGCAGGGACAGGAGCAAGGCGUGGGGCUGGCAGCUGGACAGCAGCGCCAGGCGCCACCGCAAGAGCAGCAGGCGGCGUGUGGUGACAAGCUAGAGGCGGCUGGCGCGACGGGAUCUUUAGCUACCACUACAGCAGUUGCCGCGUCGGCGGCGGCCACCAAUGCUGCUGCCUGCGGACCGCAGCAGUCCCAGCCUUGCGCCCAGCAGCCCCAGUCCCAGCCCCCGCCGCAACCCCUACAACCCCAACAACCGCAACCACCGCAGCCCCCACAAGCACCCCAGCCCCCGCCCGCUCAAGCUCUCCUGACCGCCAGCGUGUUCUCCAGCGCCGCCAUGUCGGGCAGUGUGCCGCUGCUGGCCUGGCUGCGGCGGCGCGGCUGCCCCUGGGACGCGCGCGCCUUCCCCGCCGCCGUGUGCGCCGGCAGCGCCGAGGCGGUGGCGUGGCUGCACCGGCAGGGCGCGCCACUGGAGGAGGACGGCGGCCGCUCCACCUACGCGCGCGCCUGCCGCAGCCGCGACCUGUCCACGUUGCAGGCCCUGAGGGACCUGGGCCUGCCGCUGCCCGCCGGCGAGGCCGGCGGCGAGCUGUUCAUCAAGGCCAUUCGCGACGGCGCCGGCCUGGCGGUGCUGAGGUGGCUGGUGGGCGCUGGGUGCCGGGUGGACUGGGAGGCGGCGGCGGCGGAGGCGGCGCGCUGGGAGCCGGGCCGCGACGUGCGGGCGUGGCUUGCGGAGAAGAGGAGGCAGCACCGGCGGCGGGCGCGGGAGCAGCAGCGGGAGCAGCGGGAAGGGGAGAGGGAGGGGAAGGGGGCGGGGCAGAAGGAGGAGCAGCGGGAUGAGCAGGGGAAGGGGGAAGAGCGUGGGGAGCGGGAGGAGAGGCGCGUGUGUCGGGAGAGGCGCGGCGGCGGUGCUCUGGCUGGUGGGGGUGGAGGAGGCGGGCGCACGGGUGUGGGGCAGGGCGCUGAGGCGGGGGCGGGAGCUGGAGGACUGGAGGGCGGUGUGGGGGCAGGGCUGGUGGAGAUGCGGGAGUCGGAGGACACGUCCGGGGAGGCUGAGGACUCUGGCGUCAGCUGCGGCGGGCUGGAGCAGUGCCAGGUGCCGGAGGAAGGGGACGAUGUGGAGAAUAUGUGAGUAACUGACAGGCUCGGUUCGGCUUGAGCGGCACGUUUGCCUUGGAAAGGAUGUGAAGGGUAGGGCUCAAAGCCGAAGACAGGGCUGUAUUGCUGUCAGGCGUGUGCGGUCAUACGAUGUUACGUGCGAUACCGUACGCACAGCUGCAGCCUAUGUUUACUGACCAUGUCGUCGUAAGUCCUGGUGUCCAAUCUGCCUUUCCGUUGACUGCAGUGGAAUGGCGUAACGAGCGGGAGACGAUACACUUUACACUACAGACGCAGUCGGCCAAAUAAGGACGGAAGGCGCGGGGUGGAGGCGGCGGUCUAGUUCACAGAUCCUAGCGAAGGGCGGGGCCGCGGGACAGGUGGACAGCAGAUGAACAUUAAUCCGUUGCGACGCAAUGUGGAGUGGAUGCAGCAGCUGGUUGUCUGGCAGUGCUGGGAAAACCGAUGGGAGUUGGGCGCGAUGAAUCACAUGGG